AUGAAUGAAUGUUUCGUUUUGGUACUUGUUUACCCAUCUCAGUCUCAACAAUCAGGUGCGACAGUCACGUGCCGUGUAUGUGAAGAGCAAAUUGAACUCAACGGUCGCGACAACCAACAUGUUGUCAAGUGCAGUGCGUGUCACGAAGCUACACCAAUUCGUCCGGCUCCAGCUGGCAAGAAAUAUGUGCGUUGCCCAUGCAACUGUCUCCUAAUUUGCAAAGUAGCAUCCACUCGUAUUGCAUGUCCACGCGGAAAUUGCCGCCGUGUAAUUACUCUUGGACAUCGCGAACCUCAAGGAAGCGCUAUUCGUGCACCAGCUAGCAGUUGUCGUGUCCAAUGUGUUCACUGUUCCGAAAUAUUCGACACCUUGAGCAAUUAUCUGGCGCACUGCCCACAUUGCAAGAAGAACUCAACUGUCGGUGGUUUCGCUCGACGCCGUGCUCUCAUAUACCUUGUCACGGCAGUCACUGCCCUUCUGUUCAGCGUACUGUUAACUAUAAUGACAACGUCUACUGCCUCUCAACAUCCAAUUAUGUACGGUGCGUGGGCGCUUGCGUAUCUGGUUGUUCUCUACCUUUCCUAUAAUUUUAUCAAAUUCUGGAUGGUAAAGUUGAGCACCGUGCUUGGGCCAAUCUGA